UAAAAUUAAAAGUUUAUCUUUUCUAUUUACGUAAAAAUAAAAUCCGCUUCUUGUUUCUUCUGCUAUGAUCCUCCCCUCGCCGCCGCACACCACCGUUCUUACUGUUCCUGAAGCAGUCGUAAUUCAAGUUCAGUUUUAGUUCCACCUUUCACAUUUGAGCGAUUGAAGCAUUGCACGCAGUUGCAGGGGGCAGUAAAUUUAUUUCUCAUAACCCUAAUUUUGGUUAACCAAACCCUCUUCUUCUGCAUCCUUUUCCUCCAUGACUGAUCCUCACGCCUAUCACAACAACCCAUCUCUCGGUACCGAUGCUGAUGCACCAGAGGAUGCUGGGGAAGAUGUCAAGCUGAGGUCUAGGGACCAAAGACUGGCUCUGCAAGGUGAGCCUAAGUGUGUUAUAUGCGGCCGCUACGGUGAAUACAUAUGUGAUGAAACUGAUGAUGAUGUUUGCAGUUUGGAAUGCAAACAGGCACUGCUUGGAAGAAUUGCGAAAUCAUUGGCUCCUUCUGGAAAUCUUCUGCCACCUAAAAAGAUUCCUAUGUCUGAUGAAUGCUUUUAUGUUAGUGAUGCUGAUAACAAAUCAGGGACUGCAUCUAUGGCUAGUGAUCUUAGAACGGAACUUGAUAUUCAUGUGAAGGGUGAUGUAGUGGCACCGGUUUUGUCAUUCUAUGCCUGUAACCUCCCUGAUAAGCUACUCCACAAUAUAGAAGCAGCAGGAUAUGACAUGCCUACACCUGUCCAGAUGCAAGCAAUUCCUGCUGCUUUGACGGGCAAAAACAUGCUUGUUUUGGCCAAUACUGGAUCUGGGAAGUCUGCUUCGUUUCUUAUUCCUAUAGUUUCUCGUUGUGUGAUUCAUCGCCAGCAAUAUGUUUCAGUUAAGAAGCCUUUGGUUAUGGUGUUAACACCCACCAGAGAGCUCUGUAUACAGGUCGAAGAGCAUGCUAAGAUGCUUGGCAAGGGAUUGCCUUUCAAAACUGCACUUGUGGUUGGUGGUGACGCCAUGGCUGGACAACUCCAUCGCAUUCAACAAGGGGUGGAAUUGAUUGUAGGAACCCCGGGAAGACUUGUUGAUCUUCUAAGUAAGCAUGAGAUUGACUUGGAUGAUGUCAUGACUUUUGUUGUGGAUGAGGUGGACUGUAUGCUGCAAAGGGGUUUUAGAGAUCAGGUCAUGCAGAUAUACAGGGCUCUGUCACAACCCCAGGUCUUGAUGUAUUGUGCCACAAUGUCUAAUGAUUUAGAGAAGAUGAUUAACACGCUGGCGAAAGGUACAGUGGUUAUCUCUGUUGGAGAACCUAAUAGAGCAAAUAAGGCUGUGAAGCAGGUAGCUAUUUGGGUUGAGUCAAAGCAAAAGAAACAGAAAUUGUUUGACAUUUUGACAACUAAGAAGCAUUUUAAGCCACCUGUUGUAGUAUAUGUGGGAUCCAGACUUGGGGCAGAUCUUCUGGCUAAUGCAAUUACAGUUGCCACUGGAAUUAAAGCAGUUUCAAUUCAUGGGGAGAAGUCUAUGAAGGAAAGGAGAGAAAUAAUGCAGUCCUUUUUUAUUGGUGAGGUCCCAGUGGUUGUAGCUACUGGAGUUUUAGGCAGGGGGGUAGAUCUGCUGGGUGUAAGACAGGUUAUUGUAUUUGACAUGCCUAAUUCCAUUAAGGAAUACGUACAUCAGAUUGGAAGGGCAUCUAGAAUGGGAGAAGAAGGUGAAGGUAUAGUUUUUGUGAAUGAGGAAAACAAGAAUGUCUUUCCAGACUUAAUUGAUAUUCUGAAAUCUGGUGGAGCAGCUGUGCCUCGGGAGCUUGCCAAUUCACGGUACGCCACAGGAUUCUUCUAUGGUGGGAAGGCUUCGAAAAAGAGAAAGAACACAGGAUAGUUUCUUCUUGCAGUUUUCUAUCUUCAUGUUGUCAACAUAGAAAACUGCAAUAGAAAAUACAUGUAUAUGUUAUAUGUUUUAUGAAAGGUCUUCGUUCUAGAAUAUAUCAAACAUUCAAAUGAACAGAACUUGUGACAUAACUAGAGACGUUAUGCUUUUGUGAUUAUUAGAUUAGAAAGUCUCAGAGCUGUUUUACCCAUAAGCAAAAACAUAAAGAUUGGAAUUGGAGAAAGGGAUGAGAUCUAAAUGCUUGUGAUUAUUUUGUCUUUCUGUUGAGAAGAAAAAAGGGUAAAAAGAGUGUCAAAUGGAGAUUCUAUCCAAACUUCUGAUGCUUGGAACCCAUUUUAGCGAUUAUGGUGAGUGUGCCAUCUUUAGCUAACCUUUCUUAUGCUAUGAAGUUGGCUUCUGCAAUGCAUGUCAUAUUUUUGGGCAGCUUCCUUAUUGGAAUCAUAUACUUGAAUUCUCA